AUGGUUCAUUCAAUCAAUUCCGGGUUAGUAUUUUUCACCAACAUCGAAUCAAACUUCCUCUCUCCUCAAUAUCUAACACAUCUUCUAGCAAUAUAUGGUGGCUCUCUUUACAUUUCCACAUCAUUCCUAGCUGUCAUGUUCAUCCAUAGAUAUUAUUCUAUAGUCAAACCUGAGCAACUGUUCUAUUUUCAAGGCAGAAGAAUAACUCUCUGGAUUUCUUAUUCAUCGUUGAUUGGUUUAUCAUGUUAUCUGUCAAAUAUAUAUCUAGGUUCACAAGAUGAGUUUUCAUCAGGUUAUGUUGCCUGGGAAAUUAUGAAAAUUUACAAUCUUGUGAUUCGAGAAACACCAGCAAUCAUUAUCAUUGUUUUUGGUGACAACGAGGAAAUUCGAUGGGGUAACUUGAUGUAUUUGAUUUCCAAUGUGAUCUUAAUAGCUUUACAAAACGCUAUCAUAAUUUAUUGCGGUUGUAAAAUCCGUCGUAAGCUAUACUCAAAAAACACCAAUUAUUCCGCAUCACUUCGUAAACUUCACAGCCAAUUCUACAAAACUCUUGUUUUUCAAGUCCUUGCCCCCACUUUUGUUAUAAUUCUCCCAACUCUGGUUAUUUUAUCUCUCCCAUUUUUCCAUUUUCAAACAAGUUCACCAAUUGGUGCACUUAUGUGUUUAUUUGAGCUUUAUCCAGCCAUCGAUUCACUGAUUGUUAUGUAUAUUAUCACAGAUUACAACAAAGCUAUCAAAGGUUUGAAAUUUCGAAUAAUUCGCUAUUGUUGUUGUUUCAGAUUUUUUGAACGACAUCAAACACUAUUCAUGUUUAUGUUUAUAAUUCUAAAAUGA